GUGGUGGUUUGGUGCUUUGGCCCCGCGGUGGGUUCCGGGCCCUCGGCCCGCAUCGUCCGCCCGACAUGAGCAACAUUUACAUCCAGGAGCCGCCCACCAACGGGAAGGUUUUAUUGAAGACGACGGCCGGCGAGAUUGACAUCGAGCUGUGGUCCAAAGAAGCCCCCAAAGCAUGCAGGAACUUUAUUCAGCUUUGCAUGGAAGCCUAUUAUGACAACACCGUGUUUCACAGAGUCGUGCCCGGCUUCAUUGUGCAAGGGGGCGAUCCCACAGGCACCGGAACGGGUGGAGAAUCGAUCUACGGAGCCCCCUUCAAGGAUGAAUUCCAUUCGCGGUUGCGGUUCAAUCGCCGAGGAUUGGUUGCCAUGGCAAAUGCUGGCCCUCAUGAUAACGGCAGCCAGUUCUUCUUCACCUUGGGUCGAGCGGAUGAACUCAACAACAAGCACACUAUUUUUGGAAAGGUCACCGGGGACACAGUAUAUAAUAUGCUGCGAUUGACCGAAGUCGAGAUUGAUGAAGAAGAAAGACCUCUGAAUCCACACAAAAUAAGAAGCUGUGAGGUUUUGUUUAAUCCUUUCGAUGACAUCAUCCCGAGGGACGGUAAGAAGCUGAAGAAGGACAAACCGGAGGACGAAACGAAGAAGUUGAAAUCCAAAGGCACAAAGAAUUUUAGUUUGCUCUCAUUCGGAGAGGAAGCCGAAGAGGAGGAAGUGGAAGUAAACCGAGUCAGUCAGAGCAUGAAGGGGAAGAGUAAAAGCAGCCACGACCUGCUGAAGGACGACCCCCACCUCAGUUCAGUUCCAGCUGUGGAAAGUGAACAGGGAGCGGACGUAAUGAGGGAUUCAGAUGACGACGAGAAUGAAAGCGAAGGGGAAGAUGCCGACGAUAUGGCUGGCGACGAGAAGGAUCACGUGAAGGAGCGUAUUGCCAAAAAGUUGAAGGGGAUGCGAGAAAACGUUAAAGCGCUCGCCAAAGAAUCGGAGAAGGAAGCAGAGAAGAAGUCAGCUAGCCGCAGUGAGGAGCUUCGAAGAGAAGUCCGCCAGCUGAAGCGGGAGCUGUUGGUGGCCAGACAGAAAAAGGAAGAAGGGGCUACUAGACCAACUGGAAAAGAAGAGGCAGAGGAAGAAGAGGCUCCGGAGAGUGCGGUCGCAGAGUACCGGCGGGAAAAGAAGAAGUAUGAGACGCUCAGGAAGCAGCAGCCAAAGAAAGGGUCUUCCCGGGAGGAACAGACCUUGGCCAUGCUGAACCAAUUCAGAUCGAAACUCACCCAAGCCAUCGCGGACACGCCGGAGUGCGAAGUGUCGGACGCCGAAGUGGACGACGACGAAGGAUGGAUGUCCCAUGUGCUUCAGUUUGAGGAUAAAAGCAGGAAAGUAAAAGACGCCAGCCUGCAAGAUGAAGACACGUUUGAAAUCUAUGACCCCCGCAAUCCUGUGAACAAGAGGAGGAGGGAAGAGAGCAAAAAAAUCAUGAGAGAGAAGAAGUCCAGGCGGUGAGCUGAGAGUACAGUCCCCAACACCCCCCGCUGCCCUCUGACCCGCCUGGGCAACCGAGGACCUUGCUCUGAGACUGGAGAAACGUCAUCCAAAUCCGUUGCCUGGGUUUGAAACAUUUGGUGGAAAGAAUGAAGUGGUAAAUGCGGGGGCCAAUUUUCUUUUCUUUCUUUCUUUUUUUUUAACCAGUUUACCAUUUUUAGGACAACAUCUAAAAUAAAAAGCUUUAAUUCCCAUUCACCUUUGA